AUGGCUCCAUAUAUGAAGUCUCUGCUUCUGGUGGCAGCAAUAGUAGUUGCAAUGUCUGAAGGUGGAGGCGUGGAAGAUAAGAUUUGCUCCCCUAACGGUGCAGAUCCAGAAUGCAAUGGUUGUAAUGGUGGGAGGCGGAAAGGCAUGGAUUAUAAAAGCUCCAAAGUAACAGUGAAAAUCCAGAAUGGGCUGUCUCAAAAUCAGGACUUGACGCUUCAUUGCAAAUCCAAGGACGAUGAUCUCGGAGAACACACCCUACAAAAUAAAGCAAGUUACAAGUUCAGUUUGAGGCCCAGGUUUUUUAUUCACUCGACACUGUUUUUCUGCAGCUUCUGGUGGCCUUCAAACACUUCGCUUCACUACUUCGACAUAUACGUAGAGGACCGAGACUGGUGGUGCAAUCUCUGUGCUUGGACUAUAUCCGAAUCAGGAGCUUGUAUCUACGAUGAACUCACUCGCCAAACUGAUUGCUAUCCUUGGAAUUCUGCCUAA